CCGGCCGGUGAUUGCUUAUAUACUGACCCGCCCUAACCGCCUCCCCAAGCCCUCAGCGGUGGUGCUAUGCGUCUCUUCGUCGUUUUCUGGUGCUUUUAACAAAGUCUGAACUCGACCUUUUCCAUAAAAUAACCCGAGGUAACUGAUGAACAAAAUGUCUGAGCUCAGCAUUGGGAAACGCAAGGAAAAGUGUGAAAACUGCACCAAGCAGUGCAACAAGAAACAGAGCGAUGGCGAUGUCAGCUCACACCAAAAUGGAGAGCAAGUCAAUGGACAGGAGAAUAAGAGCUUACAGUUGUUGCUGAGUGCUUGUUUAUCCUGCGAUGGCUGUAUGUCUGAGGAGGAGAGCCUGAAGAUCUCUCAACAGAACUUGAUGGAGAUAGAGCGGGUUCUGGCUCUCAAUGAGAAGUGUGACGUGACAAACCACAGAGUUCUGGUAGCGUCAGUGUGUCCACAAUCGCUACCUUUUUUCGCCGUCAAGUUUGGCGUGGACAUCGUUGAGGCCGCCGGUAAACUUUGCGGUUUUCUCAAGAGCCUUGGUGUGCAGUUUGUCUUUGAUACCACUCUGGCAGCAGGAUUUAGCAUCAUAGAGAGUCAAAAAGAGUUCAUUCAGAGGUAUCACAGGAGGCACCAUGACUCCCAUGCUUUGCCCAUGUUCACCUCCUCCUGCCCAGGUUGGAUUCGCUAUUCCGAGCGUAUCCUCGGGAGUUUGGUCACACCUCACAUUUGCACAGCAAGGUCUCCGCAGCAAAUUAUGGGAUGUCUAGUCAAAGAUUACUUCUCCAAACAGCAAAAACUAAAUGCGGACAAAUUGUACCAUAUAGUAGUGGCGCCUUGCUUUGACAAAAAACUGGAGGCUGUCCGAGAAGAGUUUUACAACAGUCUGCUGGAGAGCCGGGACGUGGACUGUGUCCUCACCUCAGGGGAAAUUUACUACCUGAUGCAACAGAAGAAGGUCUCAGCAGAGGAUUUGGACUCUUUUCCAUUAGAUCACGUGAUUGGAGAAAGUGGAGACCCGGCCCUGGUUCGACACGAAGGUCGCGGUUCUGAGGGUUUUCUGGAGCAUGUGUUCAAGCAUGCUGCUAAGGAGCUGUUUGGUCUAGAUGUCCACGAGAUCACAUACAAAACCCUCAGGAACCGCGACUUUCAAGAGGUGAUAUUAGAACGAGACGGAGAAACGCUCUUGCAGUUUGCCGCCGUUUACGGCUUCAGGAACAUCCAGACCUUGGUGCACCGCAUGAGGAAGGGACGAGUACCUUACCAGCUGGUGGAGGUGCUGUCCUGCCCAGGAGGUUGCUUAAGCGGCCGCGGUCAAGCUGAGAAUGAGACGGGUGGCGGUGUAGAUAAACAACUAGUCCAGCAGAUGGAAGAAGUCUACAGCAGCCUGCCUGUCACUCUCCCCGAGGUCAACCCCGCUUUGCAGACCCUUUAUGAAGACUGGCUUCAGGGCCAGGAUUCCCAGCCGGCAUGCAAGUUACUACACACCCAGUACAGGAGUCAGAGUCGCACCCCCUUACAGCCACCUCACAUGCAAUGGUGAGGAUGAGGGAACAUGACUGGACACCAUUCGAUUGGUUCAGAUUCUCUUCACAUAAACUCUUACAACGAUAAAUUAAAGACCAUCCAAUACCUUGUAGCAAGUGAGCACAGGACUCACAAGAUGUAGUUCUUCCAUUUGUCCGCUGGAGGGCGGUGUGUGUCUGUGGAAACGAGGGAUAAGUUCAAAAAUACUUUCAAAGAUGUGUUUAGGGAGGUGGCAAGUGCGAUGUAGUUGCUGUUGCCAAGCAAUAAGUCAACGAAAACCACUUUUAGGACUUUUGAAGUCAAUGAACUGAUUGGUACGUUCGUUGUCUUUGCUGAAAAUAUACAGCAGCAGAGUUACAAAGAUAACUAUGCAACUGAUCACCUCAUUCCAUCAGUAUUACGACAAACAUUUUUUAACGUACUGUAUAGGUUAUUAUUUUACAAAAUCUGGGUUCAGCAACAAAAAAGAGAUGUGAUUGUUUUUUUGUCCUUUACAUUGUACACUUUGUUAUUCCAUAAAUACAUUAGCACUGAAUUAUUUGCAGCAGCAUUUUUUUGGGGUCCAUUUAGUGAAUAUGUAUAUUUUCACUGUUAAUAAUCUUGAAAACAAUUGCAGCACAUUAGCUGAUAAAUCUUAAAAUAUAGCUUGUGUGUGAUACGUAUUUCCUCUUAAACCACAAAGCUCCAUUCAAGCAACCGUGUUCACAUCAAGUUCAGUCUGACUAGUUGGCUGUCUAGAUUCUAGCAGUAUCGACGUGAGGGACUCGUUAACUUGCCACGAUCGCAUGACAACCGAAACCCAUAAUUCAUCAUUUAAACAGAGAAUGUGUUUCUGCAAAAAUGAAAGUUGAAGUUAUUGUGCUUACCAGGGUAGUGCAAGCACGGAAGGCGCAGUCCGGCACCGUAGUAGUCAGAAAGGGGCGUUCCUCGGUUCCGUUUGGCUACCAAGUUAAUGAGCGUCUUUUAUGCGUAUUUGCUGUAUUAUCCAAACUAGUGUUGUAUGCAUGAUGUGGGAGUGUCUUUUGUGCAGGUUGCCAAAGACGCGCUUUUUGGUGACCUGAUUUGAACUUUCUCGGCUACCGUACACUUCCGCUUCAGUGAGCAGCUAGCUUCAGGUUGUUACCUUUUGGGCUUUCGAACUGGAGGCUCCACGUCGGCUGCUGGUCGUCUGUCUGCAUAUCUCCAAAGAGUGGUGAAGUGGUGGGCCAGACGGACGAGUGGUGAGGUGGUCGGCCAGACAGACUAGCGGUGGAGUUGUUGGUCAGAAGGAUAAGCGGUGGAGUGGUUGGCCAGUGGGACGAGUGUAACGCCAUGCCUGGACCCAAGACAAAAAGAGAUAGGUUGCUGAGGCAGUAACAAGGAAACUGAAGUCCCGCUGGUCUGUAGCUUUGUUCUGGUCCUCGGCUUCCGCUGCGAGCAGCAGUGGGCACUUCAGGCAGCACGGAACCAGAUGAACGAGCUCAGAGUAGUAGUGGCUGAAGACAAAACAGUGGCAGGCUUUGCACUUUGUCGACCAGAAUUUGUCACCUCUGCCUGGAAAGAAAAAGGAAUAUUGACACAUCAGCUCCAUUUGAGUUUACUGGUUUUAUUUUUUAACUGUAGAUUGGAAGCGGAGUUGUUAGAAUGUUCAUACUCUCCAGGGUGGAUACCUGCACACAAGACAAACAAGGGACGCAUUGAUCUGCCAUUUUGGCAUGUUUGAGGAACUUCUGCAUGGUUUUGAGGGCUUUUACCUUUGACAAGCAGGUGACAGAAUUUCCAACUGCAUCCUUACUGGAACGUGCUUUACAGGAAGAGGGAAGCAUGAAAAAAAGCAGGUAAGUGAUAAACAUUGCCAAGUUUGUAAUUAGUUGUCACCUGUCAGCAGGUUGAUGAUUCCACAGGUUUAAAACCUUGUAGAUCCACACCAGCAGAUUGAUGCUGCAGAAACUAGGUCCUUUGGCAACACCUGAUUGACAAAAGAAAGAACAGGCUGAAAUGUUUGACAUGUGUCAAACAUUUGGACGCGUGCACGUUUCACCAGUGAGGAAUGGAGGCCAGCGCCGGACUUCUCUCCAACCACAGCUCUCUGGUCUGAAAGACACGGUAACGUUACAACCAUUCUGCUUUGACAUUUUCAGCCUUACAAGCAAAUUGAGCAAGAAUAGACCUGCAAGUGUCUCAUGAAGCCAUGCGGGAACUGCAAUGCAGCCAUUUUGGAUCCUGCAGACAAAAGAAAAAGAACAAAUGUUUGCUUUAGCCAAUUUGACAAGAUGCUUUGCUAAUAAAAUAUUUUUGCCAUUU